AUUCAGCACCUAGGACUGCAGACUGCUUCUACAAACAUUUAUGAAAGAAUGGCUCGCUCUCAGGAGCUCAGUGAAUUCAAGCGUGGUACAAUAAUAGGUUGCCACCUGUGCAAUAAGUCCAUCCCUGAAAUUUCCUUGCUACUAAAUAUUCCACAGUCAACUGUUAGUGAUAUUAUAACAAAGUGGAAGUAACUGGGAACAGCAACAACUCAGCCAUGAAGUGGUAGGCCACAUAAAAUGACAGAGGGGGGUCAGCACAUGCUGAAGCGCACAGUGUGCAGAAGUCGCCAACUGUCUGCAGAGUCAGUAGUUACAGACCUCCAAACUUCAUGUGGCCUUCAGAUCGGUACAAUAACAGUGCGUAGAGAGCUUCAUGGAAUGGGUUUCCAUGGCCAAGCAGCUGCAUCCAAGCCUUACAUCAUCAAGUGCAAUGCAAAGCAUCGGAUGCAGUGGGUGUAAAGCAAGCUGCCACUGGAGAUGAGAACAAUACUUGCCUGACUGCAUUGUGCCAAGUGUAAAGCUU